UCAGAGCGCGUAUCGGUAGUCGCGAGUUGAGGCAGUUGGUGACGGGUCGCGGUCGUCUAGUGUGCCGUAGUGAACAGUUUUUUCGGUCGCCUUCUCUCCCUUGUGUUCAAAAAUGAGCUGGCAGGAUUACGUUGAUAAGCAGCUGCUCGCGUCUAGGUGUGUUACCAAAGCGGCGAUCGCCGGACACGAUGGCAAUGUGUGGGCGAAAUCCGAGGGCUUCGAAGUAAGUAAAGAAGAGCUCGCGAAAUUAGUGCAGAGCUUCGAGGAGCAGGACAUCCUGACGUCGUCGGGCGUUACCUUAGCCGGCAACAGGUACAUCUACCUGUCGGGCACGGAUCGUGUGAUAAGGGCAAAACUCGGCAAAGUCGGCGUCCACUGCAUGAAGACGACGCAGGCAGUAGUUGUCUCCCUAUACGAGGACCCUAUACAACCACAACAGGCCGCAUCUGUCGUUGAAAAACUGGGCGAGUACCUCGUGUCCUGCGGCUAUUAGUAACCUCUGGGACCCAACACAAAUAUUAAUAAUAAACGAUACGGUCGAUUAUUUUAAUGAACAGCGAAUGGAAUGCGCCAUGCCGCACGAGUCGCGCCGGAACUGCCGCAAGCCCUGCCGCGCGACCCACGAUGAAGAAGCAACAACAAACACAGACAACAAGAGAAAAUACCAUUUACCGCUCCAGUCAUCAUUCUCUCCUCUUCGACCUUUUCUUUUUUCCCCGACGCGGUGUAGAGAACGAAAGGAAAGGCAGGCGCGAGUCCACGUCGAGUACACGCGCGCAUCAUACGUAAACAACGACGCAUCCCCUUCCCACCUUCCCUCCUCUCGCUUUUCCCCUCAAGCUUACACACGUAUACAGCCGCGUUGUUCUCUUGUACCCUCCCCCGAAAAACUCUUUCCUCGCCAAAGCAUGUAUACGUACUUAAGAAUCUACGUGCAAAUCUCGUAGGCGCGUGUACUCGUGUCAUGGUGCGACGCGUCAGAGUGUCUGGAUAACGCGGGAAACGUCGAUGCAACUAUCGAUAUCCAUGCCAUUUUGCCACAUCUGUGCUCUCUAACGCUCCCCAAACCAACCCUUCCCUGGGCGCGCGAACAACGCGGGCGUCUCACACGGCCGUCUGCGACGGGCGAAACCGCGAGAUUGCGAUUCGAGCGCGGAGCGUCGCGACGGGAAGACGACGGAAAUCCGAUGGCGGCGCGACGACGAUUGACCGAUAACCGCCGUCGCCGUGCCUCGCGACGCCGCGUCGUCACGCGACGGCAUCGACUGCGGAUCUCGACGCCUUUAGAGUUUGCGAGCGGUUCUUCGACCGAAGGAAAGCGAAGCGCGGCGGGCUGUGACGCGCCCGACGAUCCUUCACGCCGAUCAUUUCGAUUAUGUGGCGAUCCGGGGGUGGUAAUAAAAGGUUUUUAAAAACUCUUAGUCUAAGUUAGAAAUUCCUAAAUCUUUUUACAACGAAAGGAAAGUUAGUUUUAGGAGAGCGAAAAAUUGCAAUGGAUCGAAACGCGCGUCACAAUUCGUCGCGUGGACAGCUUUGAGUGCUGGGACGCCGCGUCCUCCUUCAGUUUUCGCGUUUGGCUUCUUCGAAUGACGGCCGGUCGCUUUCGCGAGCAUUAAUCUCCCGGUUCCUCGCAGAUGAUCGCGCUUCGUCGCAAUUCGAGGAACGUUCGCGGAACGAGAUAUGAUCGCCGACGCGACCGGUCUUGUCUCGCAUUGCAUAUUUGACACAUAUAAAUUCGCUUCAUUCACGCACCAGCUUUAAAAUCGCACGAAGAACCGCAUAUCGACGAUCGAUCGACGAAUAUCGGAGAGAGGGAGAGAAAGAAAGAGAGAAAGAGAGAGAGAGAGAAGAGAGAGAAAGAAAGUGUGAAAGAGAGAUGAAUAAAGAAAGGGAAAGAGAGAGAGACUGCGCGACACGUUGAACUUCUGCGAACGCUUUUAUGCAGUGUUCCGUUGACGGAGAGAUGGUACACACACACACACACAAACACACACACAAACACACACGGACACAUACAUGUACACAUAUGAAUUAAGUAUAAGAAGUAAUGAUAAUAAAUAAUAAUAAACUAUUGUGUGUUAGGCUUACAGUCUUUUUCGUAGGACACGAAAGGGUGAGCGCGCGCGAAAGACAGUGAGAGUGAGAGAGAGUGAGAAAGAGAGUGUGAGAAAAAGAGAGCGAGAGAGGAAGAAAGAAAGAAAGGGAGAGAAAGAUGACUGCUAAAGAGACUGAAAGAAAAAGAGAGUGAAUGCGAGGGAUGUUUAGAGUAAAAGUGAGAAAGAGAAAGGAAAAGAGAGACAGCGCGAAUGAGAGAGGCGGUGUGAAAAGAACGGCGCUGUCGAUGUGUAGUAUUGAUAGAAAAAAAAUCAUUCAAUUCUUUUCCUAUCGUUGUUAAAUAUCGGCCGUUCACUAUCCUCGUCUCCCUCAUUUGCGCUGUCAAGAAAAUAAGCGGACGGGCGGAUGUAGAGAAAGGACGAGUGAAAGGAGGAGAGAGAAAGAGAGAGAGAGAGAGAGAGAGAGAGAGAGAGAGAAAGAAAGAAAGAGAGAAAG